UGGUGUUGAAAGUUUGCAUGCUUCGGUGUCUCGUUUUAAAGCAUCAGAAAAGCCCUUCUGCACACAUGCCGAUUGCGAUGGGGGCCCUGGAGAUUACUGGAUUGUGUAUGCUUUUCUUUUUCCUCUACUCCGGCAACACCAUGGCUAAAGCUAGUCAAGAUGUUGACGAAUGUGUUGAUGGGACUGACAACUGCCACAUUGAUGCCAUCUGCCAGAACACUCCCAAAUCAUACAAGUGCAUCUGCAAAUCUGGCUAUACCGGGGAUGGGAAACACUGCAAAGAUGUUGAUGAAUGUGAGCGAGAUGACAAUGCUGGCUGUGUCCAUGAAUGUGUCAAUAUCCCAGGGAAUUACCGAUGUACCUGCUAUGAUGGCUUCCGCCUGGCACAUGAUGGGCAUAAUUGCCUUGAUGUGGAUGAGUGUGCAGAGGGGAAUGGUGGCUGCCAGCAGACAUGUGUCAACAUGAUGGGGAGCUAUGAGUGCCACUGCCGCGAUGGAUUUUUCCUGAGUGAUAACCAGCAUACCUGCAUCCAGCGCCCAGAAGAAGGAAUGAACUGCAUGAACAAGAACCAUGGUUGUGCCCACAUCUGUCGGGAAACCCCAAAAGGUGGCAUUGCCUGUGAAUGCCGACCUGGCUUUGAGCUCACCAAAAACCAACGAGACUGCAAGUUGACCUGCAACUAUGGCAAUGGAGGGUGUCAGCACACUUGUGAUGAUACAGAUCAAGGGCCAAAGUGUGGUUGCCAUGUCAAGUUUGUACUACAUUCUGAUGGGAAGACAUGCAUAGGGGAGAGGCACCUCCAGCAGCACGUUACCCCCCAGACGUUUUCUAAUGAGACUUGUGCUGUCAACAAUGGAGGCUGUGACAGUAAAUGCCAUGAUGCAGCGACUGGUGUGCACUGUAGCUGCCCAAUGGGAUUCAUGCUCCAAGCUGACAGGAAAACGUGUAAAGAUAUUGAUGAAUGCCGGUUGAACAAUGGUGGCUGUGAUCACAUCUGCAGGAACACAGUGGGCAGUUUUGAGUGCAGUUGUAAAAAGGGAUAUAAACUGUUGAUCAAUGAAAGGACCUGUCAAGAUAUUGAUGAAUGCUCCUUUGACAGAACCUGUGACCACAUCUGCAUAAACACACCAGGGAGCUUCCAGUGCCUGUGUCACAAAGGCUACACACUGUAUGGGCUCACCCACUGUGGAGAUGUUGAUGAAUGUAGCAUCAACCGAGGAGGUUGCAAGUUUGGCUGUGUAAACACCCCUGGCAGCUAUGAAUGUACCUGCCCUGCUGGUUGCAAACUUCACUGGAAUAAAAAGGAUUGUAUAGAGCUGGUAAUAUGCUUGGCUGGUGCAGUAUCUCCACGGGCCACACUUACCUGCAACAAGAAUGGAAAGAAGGACAGCUGCUCUCUCACCUGUGCCUCCAAGGCUCGUUUUCUGCCAGAGUCGGACAACAGCUAUACAGUGAGCUGUGGGACCCCAGUCCUGCGACAGGGACCUCCACAAAGGUCCAGUAAUGGCAGCUAUCCCUGUGUUGAGACUGUUGCUGCACCAAUCAAACAAAAGGCUUCCUUUAAGAUCAAAGAUGCUAAAUGCCACCUGCACCCACGAAUGAAAGGCAAGCAGGAUGAGAUUGGCAGGAAUGGUGCCCCAGGUGGACCAACCCCAUGCUCAGAUUGCCAGGUGACUUUUGUGAACUUGAAGUGUGACUCCUCAAAGAAGGGCAAAGGACGGCGGGCUCGCAACUCUCCCAACAAGGAGGUGACUCGCAUCACACUGGAGUUUGAAGCCGAAAUCAAACCGGAAGAGAUAACAGCCAGCUGCAAUCUGAACUGUGUGCGGCAGAAGGUGGAGAAAAAGCUGAAGUCAGCAAUCAAAGCCCUGAAGAAAUCCAUAAACCAGGAAAGGUUCCUGAUCCGCUUUUCUGGAAUGGAGUACGAAUUGGCCCGGAAGCUGAGCUUGUCUUCUGAGAGGCAGGAGAGCUGUGGGCCAGGACAGCAAAGACUGGGAUCCAAGUGUGUUAGCUGCCUGCAAGGAACGUAUUACCACGGCCAGAUGGAACAGUGCGUCCCUUGCCCUCCAGGGACCUACCAGGAGAAAGAAGGCCAGCUUUCCUGUGACCUUUGCCCUGGAAGUGAUGCUUAUGGGCCAGCUGGAGCAACAAAUAUAAGCAGCUGUGCAGGUCAGUGUCCCCCCGGCCAGUACUCUGUGGAUGGCUUCAAACCCUGCCAGCUGUGUCCCCGUGGCACCUACCAACCAGAAGCUGGGCGAGCUUUGUGCUUCCACUGUGGUGGAGGGCUGACCACCAAACAUGAGGGAGCGUUUUCCUUCCAGGACUGUGAUACUAAAGUUCAGUGCUCUCCAGGCCAUUAUUAUAAUACCAGUGUCCAUCGCUGCAUCCGUUGUGCUGUAGGGACCUACCAGCCAGACUUCCGUCAAAACUACUGCAUUACGUGCCCUGGGAAUACUACCACAGACUUUGAUGGCUCGACCUCAGUAUCACAGUGCAAAAAUCGUCAGUGUGGAGGGGAGCUGGGUGAAUAUACUGGUUAUAUUGAGUCUCCCAACUACCCUGGAAACUACCCUGCGAAUGUGGAGUGCACUUGGAAUAUCAACCCACCUCCAAAGCGCAAGAUUCUCAUUGUGGUGCCUGAAAUCUUUCUGCCAUCUGAGGAUGAAUGUGGGGAUGUCCUAGUAAUGCGGAAAAACUCCUCUCCCUCCUCCAUCACUACCUAUGAGACAUGCCAGACUUAUGAGAGGCCCAUAGCUUUCACUGCAAGGUCCCGAAAACUGUGGAUCAACUUCAAAACUAGUGAAGCCAACAGCGCCCGAGGCUUCCAGAUCCCCUAUGUCACCUAUGAUGAGGAUUAUGAGCAGCUGGUGGAGGACAUUGUACGGGAUGGCAGGCUUUAUGCAUCUGAAAACCAUCAGGAGAUACUAAAGGACAAGAAGCUGAUCAAGGCUUUCUUUGAUGUGUUGGCUCACCCACAAAACUAUUUCAAGUACACAGAGAAGCACAAGGAGAUGCUGCCACGUUCCUUCAUUAAACUCCUCCGCUCCAAAGUCUCCAGCUUUCUCAGGCCUUACAAAUAGCCUCAUGGUGCUUUCACCAGCCUUCCAGGCUCCUCCACAACCAAGAAAACUUUCUCUUACACUUAUUCUUAUUUUUCAGUGACUUUUGUUACAAAUACAACCCUCCCCCUCAUCUCUCACUAUGCAGUUAAUUAUAACCUUGGCUUUUCUUCAAACCCAAUUCAUUGAUGAUGUCGUCUAUGGAAGGAGCAGCCAGCAACCAUGAGGAACUGAAUCCUCAUUCCCCUGUAUUUUUCUAGUCUCAGCCUACAGAGAUCACACAUAUCCCACUCAGUGAUGCACUCUCCACAAGUGGCCUCUGAUGGGACCUGUAACUCUAGAGCAUUUUCAUCCUUUCCCCAUAUAUGCAAGUCAUGUGCAGCCCCUUGCACUGCAGGACAACUGCCAAGAGGCCAUUUGGGUACCUCUCUCUGCGUGACUGUCUGCUUGUAGAAAGAAACACCCCUGCUUCCAUAUCAUGCCUGCAAUUCUGGAACACAUAUGAAAUGUGGACUUCUAGCAGCUGCUAAGGAAUUGGAUUGGUCCAGCUGAACUCUUUUGUAAAGAACUGAAGCCAGACAACACCCAGGACUUGAAAGGGUAUGCCUUAUCAGACUGUUGUGGUUUUUAAAGAAAAAAAAAGUAAAUCAAGAACAGUCUUGCAGGGAGGAUCCAAGGAAAAACAUUAUUAAUUUCUGGGAGAAAAAUAUAUACAGAAAUAAAAAGUCAUAUCUGAGAAGUGUGAAAGAAAAUGGCCCAUGGUUGGGAUGGCAGUUUUGGUGGCUUAGGAGAGCAUCAUUUCUUGAUUGACUUCUUUGCCUUUGAAGAAAGCAUUGGCCUAGCCGCAUUCUUAUAUGUCUGGGGAAAGGGGAGGAGAACUUGGUGAAAAGUGAGACUUUCCAAUGUGACUUCCCCCCUGAUGGACACUUGCGUGGAGAGACCAGACUUCUUAUAAGCUCUGCCAAAGAGUAAUUCAGUGGGGGGGGGAAACAACAAGCAAGCGGUGUG